UUCUCUUCUGCUCAGCUGCAUCACAAAUAUGAAACAAUGGAUGCUUGUCUCCAGUCUCCUAGGAAUAUGUUCUGCUCUGCCGCUAUUUCCUCAGCAUGCCGGAAUACCUGGAAUGGGUAGUAUUAGUCUUGAGAGGACAAGACAACUUGGUGGUUUAAACAUACCUUCUGCUCCCCCACAGGCUUUGCCUUAUAGCUAUGAUCCAUUCCAUUCCAUGUGGGGCAGAAGUUUUCUCCCAUCACAUACAUUUUUAUGGAUGACACAAGGUCCCCAACGACAGGAAACUCAGCAGUAUGAGUAUGCCAUGCCAGUUCACCCACCUCCAUUGCCGUCUCUGCAACCGGCCAUUCAGUUUUCAGAGUCUAGACUACCAGAACAACCUUUCUUUCAACCUUUCACAAAUCUAUUUCCUGCAAGACAACUCCAGAUUCCACAGUAUAACAUUCAGCCACCAAUACAGCAGACGUUUCCACAACUAGAAGCCCAACCAGCUGUUGAUCCACAACAGCAGCCGCUGCCAGCAGAGAGACAAACUCAUCAGAUCUAUCCAGCAUUGCAUGGAACCCAACAAGACCCAUCUCAACAACAGCAACAACAACAACCUAUGUAUCCAAGUUUGUAUUACUUGCCUUACGUAGCAAACCAAGGAGCUGCUCCUGCCAGACUAGGAAUAGUAAGCUCAGAAGAAAUGCAGGGUGGUGGAUAUGGUGCGCCAGCCUACCGGGCAGCAGGUCCUGAUCUCUUUCCCAUGGAUACUAGAUUUGGAAACUCACCACUCAACCAGCCUGGCGAUUACACUGUUGAAGAUGAUCAGCUGGGAAUAACAGAACAGCCUGACGUAAAAGGAGGGGCUAAUGCUGGGGCCAAUCCUUCUGGCAAGGGGAACAAUGCUGUCCUUUUAGACGGUACCCAGGGUGGUGCUUUGCCAAAUCCCAACAGCCACCUGUUCAACCCUGCUGGUCAGAGCCAAGGACUCUCAGGGUUAGCCCAGGCUACUAUGGCUCCCCAUGCCACUCAGGGCCCUUUCCUCUCUUUGGAUGCUGCUGAUCCUUCUAUGCCUUUGGAUUCCACUAUGUUCCCUGACUUAUACACAACCAAUGUGGGAAAUGAACCUGGUCUGGCCCACGUCGGUCAGGAUGCAUGGCAUUUCCAAGAACCCUGAGUGCCUUUAAGGAGCACACUACAUGCCACUUGUGUACUCUCCAGGUAUUUCCUGUGCUUGAUGUCUUGGCUUAGGUGGCUAUUAAUCUUCCACACAAUGAGCCCCAAUGCAUUAAAGAUGCUAAUCAAUGUAUGCAGCUUCUGGCAAUGAUGGCCUAACCUUUGUUUCAUGUUUUACAUUUCACGUCUGGGAAAGCAUUGGAGGUGCCGGUGAUUAAUGGCUAAAAGUAAAACUCAGUUCUCCUGCUCCCAGUUGGCUGAAGCUCUCUGUUUCUUUUGUUUGUGUCACUUUUGCUUUCAUAUGCUUUAGACCCUUGCCUGUUGGGCAUUUUAAAUAAUGAUCUCUAUUGAUAAAACCUUUGGCUUUAGAAAACAGAAAGGCUCUCAAGAUUUAUAAGCUGUUACGCUGAUCUAGAGUUUACGGUCGAGUGUGUGGCUCCAAUGCUGAUUAGGCAGCACACCCUAUUGCAUUGAUUUAUUUAGGCAGCAUGUAAUAAAAUUUUA